CUCUUCCCUCUUUUCUUCGCCUCUCAUUCUCUACGUAGUCUUCUUCCUUCAUUUUCUGGCUGAUUCUCAGGCAAUAUUCUUUUGUUAAGUUUCAAAUAGUUCCCCAAUCUGAGACUAGUCUAAUCUUAUAUGUCUCGUUGAGCUUCAUUUCACGCCUGCCUAUGUGCUCUUUAAUCCAUAUCUUAGAGACAGCCUACCAUGUUUAUUUCAUUUAGUUUGCUUGCAAGAGAAUUCCAGUGAGUGUCCGUUUGGACUUUCCCAAAAUGGCAAGUUUACAGAAUUUGUUUUUUCUUGCGGUAACAGUGAUGUAUUUCCCGAUUUCUGGGCUUCCGCCCUACAAGUUUAUGGAUGGAUAGUAUCUGACGAUCAGUUCUAUUCCAAACUUUGUUCUAUCAUGUGGAUACGAGAUACGACCUCAAGUUGAACGAUGCAAUUCCUGCGGACGAAAAGCAUCAGCCUAUGUACGAAGAAAUGGCCACAAAAUAUAACGUGGAGUACAUAGCUGGAGGUUCUACUCAGAAUUCAAUCAGGGUAGCACAGUGGAUGCUUCAAACACCAGGUUUAACAACUUACAUUGGUUCCAUUGGGAAGGAUAAAUUUGGAGAGGAGAUGACGAAGAGUUCAAAAGAUGCUGGCGUUAAUGUUCAAUAUCACAUAGAUGAAACCACACCUACCGGAACUUGUGCUGUUUGCGUCGUUGGUGGUGAAAGGUCUCUUGUUGCCAAUUUAGCGGCUGCAAGUUGCUACAGGUCGGAACAUUUGAAGAGACCAGAAAUUUGGGCUUUUGUUGACAAGGCCAAGUAUUUCUAUGUUGCUGGCUUCUUCCUCGUCGUCUCCCCUGAUUCCAUUCAGUUAGUUGCUGAACAUGCAGCUGUAAAUAAUAAGGUCUUCAUGAUGAACCUCUCUGCCCCGUUUAUCUGUGAGUUCUUCAAGGAUGCACUUGAUGGAGUCUUGCCGUACAUGGACUUCGUUUUUGGAAACGAGACUGAGGCAAGGUCAUUCUCUGAAGUGCAUGGCUGGGGGAUUGAUAACGUGGAGGAGAUAGCUCUGAAGAUUUCCCAGUUGCCAAAGGCAUCAGGAACACACAAAAGGAUCACCAUUAUCACACAAGGAGCAGAUCCUGUGUGUGUUGCUGAGGACGGGAAGGUGAAAAAGUUCCCCGUGAUACCAUUACCUAAAGAGAAACUUGUUGAUACAAACGGAGCAGGAGAUGCAUUUGUUGGAGGAUUCCUUUCACAAUUGAUUCAGGAGAAGACCAUAGGAGACUGCAUCAGAGCUGGAUGUUACGCAGCAAGUACUAUCUUGCAAAGGUCUGGGUGCAAAUUUCCAGACAAGCCUGAUUUUCGUUGAGUAAUCCUUACUCCCCAUCCUGUGGAGGUUCUGAUUGUCGACCACUGAGAAGGCCAUUGUUGUAUUAUAAUUUAUAGUUGCGUUCGUAGUCAUGGAAUUAGGGGGUGGUCAUUAGUGUGGCUCUUGCCUCAUGGAGUUGGGACUCUUGAGUCGGUGGCCAGGGAAUAAAACGGCAGAGAAUGGCCGGAGUAGUGCAGUCUAAGGAAGACAACUGGAGUAGGUGAGAUGAUGUAUUCUGCAACGUCUGAAGGUCAAUUAUCAAACAAGGAAUUCCUGCUUUAUAAAGAAUGGUAAUGUAAUGUAAUGUCGCAUAAGUGUACUGUAAUUAAUAGUUUGCAGCAAGAGAUUUGGACCUCCCAGCUGGCAGUCUGGACCCUUCGAACUAGCUUGUAGUUGGACAGACUUGACAGUAUCUAACAGGAUCUUUCUUUGAGG